AUGACGGGCCGACAAGCGGUGCACAUCGGCGCGCGCGGGCGGUUCAGAUCAAAGGCACCGACAGGCUCUUUUAGCCGCAUAAUACGACGCGCCCCCCGCCUCCGCCGACGGCUGCAGAAUGCUCCGAACCUCCGGGGUGUAAUAGGAGGAUCAAAGCCGAGAGUUGCAACGCCCGAAGUAGAGAACAGGAUCGAAGAGCUGAAGAGACAAAACCCAGGUAUAUUUUCCUGGGAAAUUAGAGAUAAACUUAUAAAAGAAGGCAUCUGUGAUAAAAACACCGCGCCGUCAGUCAGUUCCAUUUCGAGGCUUAUAAGAGGAGGCAAACGUGACGAAUCAGAUCCUAGAAGAAAUCACAGCAUUGAUGGUAUUCUAGGUCCAUCAUCUUGUGAAGAUUCAGAUACGGAAUCAGAACCAGGCAUAACGUUGAAGAGGAAACAAAGAAGAUCAAGAACAACAUUCUCUGGUGAUCAACUCGAGGCGUUGGAGCGUGCUUUUACUAGAACUCAAUAUCCUGACGUAUACACUAGAGAAGAGUUGGCACAGAAAACGAAACUAACUGAAGCGAGGGUUCAGGUCUGGUUUUCAAACCGAAGAGCCCGACUUCGUAAGCAAUUGAACUCUCAACAACUUAGUGCCUUCAACACAAUGUCUUUGCAAUCAGCUUUUCCUGCCGUUCACCAACAAUAUGAACCACCAGCCUCUUUCAAUGCACAGUGCGCCAGUUGGCAACAAUCUUAUUCAUCAGCCUUGGGGUCCAGUUCGGUUUUGAAUUCUGCAUUAGCACCUUCUCUCCACCAAUCGCCACUAACGGCGCCAUCCGUUUGCCAGUCGGCACUCGCUGCUUCAUCGUUGCAUCCUCCUACGUCUAGUUCAUUUACAACUGGAAAUUUGACGCCCCUGUCACAUUCUUCGGAACUACCAACACCAUUACAAGCAUCAGCGGAUGUUACACCUCCAAGUUCGAGUCCUGCGACAACAAGUCCAUCGACCAAUCAGUCUGGUGGACUUACUUAUCAACAUCCCACUUAUGCAAAUGCCAGUGAUGCUGUUCCUCAUCCUUAUGGUUAUGGAGACUACUCAAAACAAGAACAUGCUAUGUCAGCGCAUAACCAUUGGACUUCAAGACAGCUAAGUGGGCACCCUCAAAAUAAACUCGCAGAAGUGAGCACGUGGCCAGAAAACUACAGUUCAUUCUUCGGGACGCAAGCUUCACACUAUGCGUCCCAUGCGCAUUCGCCGACGGAGGCUAAAUCUGGCUACCCGUAUUUAGGGCAACUGGGGGGCAUGGACAUGGGCAGAGUACAUUAG